GUCGUGAUUUCCGGUUGAGGAGGAGUUUGACGACGCACGAUGAAACAACACGCUGCUCGACUCUCGGUCGUGUUAAACUCACACCGUGUUGUCUGAAAGCGACUGAAGUAAUAUUUAAUGAGUACGUUCCUCGGCGUAUUUCCCCGACACCGUCCCAGUUCAGACCUCGGUUCACCGGAGACGUCGUCAAGAUGCCCGUCCUGUGCAGCGGCUGUAAGGAGAAACGAGCUGCGCUGAAACGUCCGAAAACGGGCCACUCGUUGUGUAAGGAGUGCUUCUUCUGGGCCUUCGAGGAGGAGGUGCACCGGACGAUCGUGGCAGCGAAGCUGUUCAAGCCGGGGGAGACGGUGGGAAUCGCUGCCUCGGGCGGGAAGGACUCCACGGUGCUCGCACACGUAAUGAAGCUCCUGAAUGAGCGAUACAGCUACGGCCUCGAACUAAUGCUCCUCUCAGUGGAUGAGGGAAUCACCGGUUACCGCGACGACUCGCUGGAGACCGUGAAGAGGAAUCAGCAACAGUACGAACUGCCGCUGAAGAUCGUGUCAUAUGAGGAGCUGUACGGCUGGACGAUGGACGCCAUAGUGAAGCAGGUGGGGCUGAAAAACAACUGCACCUUCUGCGGAGUGUUCAGAAGACAGGCGCUAGACAGAGGAGCCAUCAUGCUGAAAGUGGACAAGAUAUGUACAGGUCACAAUGCGGACGAUGUGGCAGAAACGGUUCUAAUGAACGUCUUGCGAGGGGACAUAGCUCGCCUGCGCCGCUGCACCGCCAUCUCCACGGUCAGCGAGGGCGAAGGGGUCGUGCCGCGCUGCAAGCCCCUCAAAUACGCGUACGAGAAGGAGAUAGUUCUGUACGCCUACUUUAAGAAGUUGGACUACUUUUCCACUGAAUGCAUCUACUCGCCAAAUGCUUAUCGAGGCCAUGCGCGGACCUUUUUAAAGGACCUGGAGAGCGUGAGGCCCAGCUCCAUCAUGGACGUCAUCCACUCCGGGGAGAACCUGUCUGUGCGGGAUGGGGUGAAGAUGCCCGUGCAGGGGACCUGUAAUCGCUGCGGCUACAUCUCCAGCCAGGCACUGUGCAAGUCGUGUGUGCUGCUGGAGGGACUGAACCGAGGCCUGCCGAAGCUGGGGAUAGGCAAACACCACCGUCUGCAUGACAAACUCCUCUCCCAGCAGCCGCUCACUGAGAGGGAGGAGAGGAAGCUGAAAUCUGUAGACUUCUGACCGUUACUCUCACAUGUUUUAUUUAAUAUAAGGCUGAAAAUGUACGUUCAGAUUUUACGAUGAACAAUAUUUGUUGUCUUUUAUAGAGGAAAAAAAUUGUCAAAGUUAUUUUUAUUGUUUUCUUUGAUCAUUGUAUUGAUUUGUAAUAUUUAAUUAUAGUAGAACACCAGUGAUGCUGUCAACCUGGAUCACAUAGAUAGUAUGUAUGCACACAAAGGUAUUGUUCAUUAAUAGCUGAAUGGUACGUGUUAUAUCUGUAUAACAGACACACAUACAUACGAGGAUUGGCAAAGAUGGAAACAUGUUCCGUUAGUGUGAAUGUUUUGGUAUGAAAUUAAGCUUUUUGCCAGCAUGUAUUUUUCCGUUUUCAGCUUUAUUAUCGAAUUAUUAAACUUUUGGAGAAAUCAUUUAGUCAAAACUUAUAAUACACACACACACACACACACACACACACUCACAAAACUAGUGUACUGCUGCUUUAGGUGUGUGAGGUGCAGACGAGGCAAUUUUUUUUCUAUUUGAGUGAGGGGGAUUACGAUUAUGUUUUUAAUGAACAAUGAUUUAAUAAAUGCAUUGUCCCCACAUGUUCAGUGUUUUCUACAAGUUUCUAUUGUUUGUCGUUGUUCUGAUGAUGAUCAGGCAGCAGCGUGAAUAUGCUGAGGGUCACAGUUCUUACCACUAGUGAUGCUACAGGCUUAUAUUGUGAAGGUCCCAGCCUGUAAACUAAACACAGAUUUGGCCUGCCUUCAAAAAAUACUUGCCACGAGGGAUUUAUCUAUCUAUUAUGGGUCGACUGAUACUCACCGUUUAAUGAUUAUCGGUAUCAGACAUUUUUUAAAGUCGAUUUGCCAAUAAAAUCAUUUAAUUUACUACUUUGGCUCUGAUGCAGCCGCAGUCACGACUCUCUGGACUUUAGCAAUGUGCUGUCCAUGUUUCAUAGUAAUGGAGCUGACAGCUCCCUGCACUUUGUGUGUUAAGGUCAUGUUGAAAACUUUAAUUAAACAUGCUUUAAGGGAUUUCAAUAAAAGUUUUGUGUUAAGAA